UGAAUAAACAAUUUUUUUUCAUAUGUUUCCAUUCAAUAUCAGUCUAAAGUCUUACAUUUUUAUACAUUAAUUCUAAAAUUAUUUAGCCCGUUUUCAAAAUUUACACACAAGGGUAUGGAAAGGACAGAACUCUAAUGACACAACAAUUAGGGCCCCAAUAAUGCCACGGAUCUUAAACCAAGUGAAAACUUUUAUGCAGAAGACAUUUCGAGUUAAUAAAAAAAAAGUAAAAGUUGAGAAGACAUUCCAGACAGAAUCCGAGGAAAGUGAUUUGGAGCUGAAAGAGACUCCAUCCACGAUGAAAGCUGACAUUUUGAUAGAUAAGGCUCCAAAGUUCACCAUUGAACUAAAUGGUACAAGCAUAACUGAGGAAGGAGGCUCGGCCUGCUUCGAGGCUCAGAUCGAACCCUCAGAUGAUCCAACUUUAAACAUAGAAGUGUACCAUAACGGUGAGCCGAUGGCUUCGACGCACCGUUCUCGCAUAAGUUUUAAUAGCGGGCAUUUCUCACUCGAAAUGAGCCAUUGCUUGCUGACUGAUUCCGGUGAAUAUUCAAUCAUUACAAGGAAUGACUAUGGCACGUCUGUCUCAUCCUAUCGGAUAGAUGUAAAAGAAAAAAAAGAAAAUGAAGGACAAAACUAUGAGCAACUUGAUAUGAAAUCAGAAACUUCCCAAGAGACUGAACAACCAAGCAGGCCACUUAAUCAAAUGAGCAAAAUCCCAGUAAUUACUCAAUCUCUUAAGGAUCUUGAAGAGAUAGUAGAAGGCCAAACAGCACACUUUAGGUGCCAGGUGAUGCCUAUAGGAGACCCAAAUUUGGUAAUAGAAUGGUUCAAAAAUGGAAAACCAGUCCCACACAGUUAUAGGAUAACAAGGUGUCACAGUUUUGGUUAUGUGACCCUACAAAUUGGGCAUGUAAGAAGUGACGACGAGGGACUUUAUACUUGUCGAGCCUCAAAUCCACACGGGGAGGUGUCGAGUGAGGCAAACUUGAAAAUCAUAAAGAACCAUUGGCUAUUGGAGGGAACGUUUCAUCCCCAAGCAUUACCGCUUAUUAACGCUUUGGAAGAGUUGAAACGACGAGGGAGUCACCCUGAACCAAUAUAUGAUAUCCCCAUCUUUGAGACACAACUGCAGAACGUAAUCUGCCAAGAAGGGGAUUCAGUCCAGUUCCAGUGUAAAGUACAUCCGGCGAAAGAUCCAUCAUUGAAAAUUGAGUAUUUUGUGAGAGGAAAACCGAUUCCAUUUGGUGCGAGAUUUAAAGGCACUUCUGCUUUUGGUCUUAUUUCAUUUACGAUAAACAACUGCCGACCAGAUGACUCUGGUGAGUACAUGGUCGUGGCUUCGACAAACAAAGGGAAAUGUUCAACAGCUGCAGUGUUAAAAUGCUCAGAAAAAAGUGAUAUCAACGUUCAAACGCAACACCCACAAGGAAUGGCAGGCUUGGAAAAAAUCAAAGACAUUGACAAUAGAGCGAACUCAAAAGUAAAUCAGCAGCAUAUGGCAAACAUAGGUUUUCCAGCCCCAAAAUGGGUUAAAAUACUGCAGCCAGAAAUCAGGCUUGAAGAAUCACAACCUUUACGCCUUGAAGCAGUCGUGGCCCCAAAGCACGAUCCAAAUCUGCAGGUAGAAUGGUCUUUAAAUGGGAAAUCAUUAGAGCAAGGUUCAAGAUACAAUAUUACAUCUGAAUUUGGAUCAGUCACUCUUCAUCUGAAUGCUAUUUAUGAGAGGGACCAAGGAAUUUAUACAUGCAGGGCAUGGAAUAAUGUUGGGCAGGCUUUUACAUCCACCUCUGUGUUCUGCACGUCAAAGGAGGGCCUUGUUGUGGGCACACAACACCCAAAAGGAAAACAGGGUUAUGAAAAAAUUGAACAACUGGAAAGAUCCCUGAAGAAGGACGGAGUGAAAUCGUGCGAUCCUGAAUCAGGAAGUCCACCUAUAUUUGUAAAACAGUUUGAGGACAUUGACAAUCUCAAUGAAGGAGAAACUGCACGUUUUGAGGCCACUUUAAAACCAGAAGGUGACCAGACAAUGAAAGUGGAGUGGCUUUAUAACGGAAGUGUACUCAACGCUAGCCACAGAAUAAAAACCGUCUAUGCUUUUGGUUCUGUGGUAUUGGAAAUAUUAUCUUCGACAAAAGAAGACUCAGGAAUUUACACAUGUCGUGCAGUAAAUAUGUGGGGCCAGGCAGAGGUUAACGUUAGGCUGGAUUGUGUUGAGAAUCCAGCUGGACAAAUGUCCCAGUUAAAGAGUAACGUAAAGGUGAGAAACAACUUAACAAUCUUUUCAGUGAACAACAAUGACAACCAAAGAAAUAUAGAUGAAUGAGAAUCAGCUUUAGUGACCUCCCUCUGUGGCAGAAGGAGGCCGGGCAUAAGUUCAUAUAGAGUUAAAAGAUAAAAUGUUGUCUUAUCGAUUAUAAUUCGCCAGUGGAAGAGUUUUGCCCAAAAAAGGAAAUAAAAUGAUAGAUUUCAUUUUAACUCUUUUAGAUGCAAUAAAUUGUAAUAAAUAUAAAA